CUACGCAACGUUGACGCAUAGGCUCUUGUGAUAACGUUAGAGGCACCAGACCCGUCAUAGUGAAGAGGAACGGGCAAGGAAUACUCCACCUUCCCAGGUAAAGUGAUCGGGGCUGGCUUGCUUUGAUAUUCCGCACCCACCCCAAGCUCUCCGGCCGCUGCACCUCCAGCAUCCUCCCGCCACCACCAUGUCGAGGGCCGCGCACGCGCCCAGCGCGUCCACCAAGCGGGCUGGCGAAGACGAUGACAUUUGCCCAGUAUGCAAAUCGUCGCGCUACCUCAACCGAUACAUGCACUUUCUGGUGAAUCCGGAGUGCUACCACAAGAUGUGCGAGUCGUGCGUCGACCGCAUCUUCUCUCACGGGCCCGCGCCGUGUCCCAUUGCAGGUUGUAAGAAGACGCUGCGGAAGGCGAGAUUCCGCACACAGACCUUCGAAGAUCUAAAGGUGGAGAGAGAGGUGGAUAUCCGGCGGCGCGUGGCUAAGGCUAUGAACAAAGAAGAAACUGAUUUCGAGACGCUCCGGGACUACAACGACUAUCUCGAAGAAGUCGAAGAGAUCACCUGGAAUCUCAUUCUAAAGGUUGACGUCGAGCAAACAGAGCGCCGCUUGCGCCGCUUCGAGGAAGCCCAAAAGGCCGAGCUCAACCCCAACGCAGUCCGCCGCUCUGUCGACGCUGGACCAGACACCUCGACCCUAUCGGAAACUUCACACGUCAUCCUUAAGAAAGGCGGCGCACAACGCAAGGCUCAGAACGUACCCUCAGGGAAUAUGCCGAUCCCUGAAGACGAAACCGGCUUCAGUUUCCGCGGCCUCAAGAAGCGGAAAGCGCCAGAACCAGAGAAGGUGUUCGAUCCAACAAGCGGGUGGAGCGUGGACCCAACGUAUUACAACGUGAAAGACGAGUACGACCACAAAUUCUUCGCGGUCAAACACGAGCCCAGGUUCUACGCCUUCGGAUACAAAGCGCCGGAAUACUACAGCCAUGCGCUGCGCGAUGCUUUUGGAGGUUUGGGCGUAUUCCUUGAAGAUGACCGCACGAGUGAGGAGAUGGACUUCGGCACGCAAGCCGCUGCAAUCGCAGUGGGAGGAGGCAGGGAUGUGGACAUGAACGACGUGUUUUGAUAUACAUGAUACCCCGGCUCUGGCCUUGUUCAUUACAUUGGGCGGCGUUCUCGAUAUUAGAAUCGAGCCAAGCUCAGACUCGGUUCGAUUAGUG